CAUUUUAAUACAAUACGAAAAGUUAAGCUAAAUAUAUAAAGCCUAAAUACCAUCAACAAGACCAAGACAAAGUUGGCAACUCCUGUGAUAUCAAGAUCAAGUUCAAGACCAUCCACGGAAAAGGCGCCAUAGUCGAUGGGCAAGAUGUCUGGUGAGGACACACCAGAGCCGGAGAGAAAUGGCCCCAGGACAACCAAGAGACGUCGGACGCAGGAGCACAACAACAAUUCCUUAGGCGACUCCGUUGAAGAGGAUAGUACUCUGACCACAGCCUUAUCACGUGGAGUUGUGCCAGAUAAUGCUUCUGAGAAAUGUGGGAUUCUUGAGUGGAUUACUGUCAAGAAUUUCAUGUGCCAUGAUCACCUCAACUUUGAAUUUUCUCCAAGCAUCAACUUUGUGCAGGGAAGAAAUGGGAGUGGAAAGAGUGCCAUCCUCACUGCCUUGGUGGUUGGUCUUGGUGGCGGGGCGCGCUUCACCAACCGAGGAAGGAGUAUGAAAGAAUUGGUGAAGCAUGGUAAGCAGGUAGCUAUCAUAGAAAUAGCUCUUAGAAACUGUGGAAAGUAUCCUUUCAAGCCUGAUGUUUAUGGGAGGACCAUCAUAGUGGAGCGCAAGAUUUUGGCAUCAGGAGGUGGAACAUAUAGACUCAAAUCUGCCAAUGGACAGUUGGUAUCUACAAGGAAGGAAGAUUUGGGAAGGAUGUUGGAGCAUUAUAACCUGCAAGUGGACAACCCAGUCACUGUACUAAAUCAGGACAUGUCCCGAUCAUUCCUCAAUACAAUGGAUCCAAAACAACUCUUCAAGUUUUUCCUGAAGGCAACACAGCUGCAACAAAUGCAAGACAAUUAUAUUGAGUUGGAAAACAGCAUCAAGAGCUCAUUGAAAAUUAUUGAGAGUCGAAGAAAGGCCCUCCCUGAUCUGGAGAAGGAGGUCGACGAACAGCGAUCCCACUAUGAGUUCAGUGUAUCCAUCAGAGAAAAGAAAAAAAAGCUUCAGGACCUACGGCAUGAAUUGGCUUGGGCAAAUAUUAUUUAUAAGGAGAAAGAGAAGGAAAAAGCUGAGAAAGCCUUGGCAGACAAUGAAGCUGCUAGGACUAAACUUAAAGGAAAACUUGAUAUGCUACAUAGGAUGAUUGAUGAGGAUAAGGAAUUAAAUAGGAAGGCUACUGACAACUUCAACAAGGCCACUCAAAAUUUAGAGGUUUUAUUAAAAGAUGUAAAAGAUGUUGAGAAGAAAAUGAAGACCAUAAAGCAGGAAUACAAAAACAAGCAGAGUGAGGUUAGUGUAGCUGAGAAGAGGGUGCGUGGCAUCAACUCUGAAAUAGCCACCUUAAAAGCAACCAUUGAGAAGGAUAAUAACAGUCAACAAAGAAAGUGGGCAGAUGAACGAGCUGAGUGGCAAAGGAAAAUUGAGGAAGUUAAGAACCAGAUUGAGGAAUCACUUGGUAACCUGAAGACAGAGACCACUCAUUACCAAAACCUGCAAAACACACUGGAUGUUAAAAAAUCUGAAGAAACCCCACUGGUUGUCGAAGGAAAGGCAAUUCAGAGGCGUCUGAAUGAAUUAGAGAGGGAGCUUAGAGGACUGCAGGGGCAACAAGGAAGUCAGCUCACUGUGUAUGGCCAGUGGGUGCCGCAGCUGUUGAAGAAGAUAGAUGCUGCUUUUGCAAAGAAUUUGUUUAAGAAGAAACCAGUUGGCCCUAUUGGAGCCUUCAUAGAAGUGAGAGACAAAAAAUGGGUUCAUGUAGCAGAAUCUGUGCUUGGAAACCGGAUCACAAGCUUCUGUGUUGACAAUCAGCAGGAUGAGAGAGUCCUCAGCAAUCUAAUGAAAGAGGUGGAUUUUAUGCAGCAAGGCAAACCUAUUGUGACAGUAGCCAAGUUCAGAGAAAAGGUUCAUGAUGUAUCCAGAUUUGAGACCUGUUGCCGUGACUAUUCUUCUUUGUGGUCAAUGCUCAGCGUUUCUAACACUGUAGUGGCCAACACCAUCAUAGACCAAUUGCAGGUUGAAUCCAUGCUUCUCAUUCCUACUGCUCAAGAGGCUGGUCGUCUGCUCAAGGAUAAAACAUUGGUACCAAAGAACUGUAAAUGUGCAUACACACUCAACCUGGAUCUCUACUACCCUGACCCCAACUACCGGCUCUACUCUGGCAAGGGGUCCCAUAAAGCAAGGUUCCUGCAAGUUUCUGUGGAAGACAAAAUACGGGAAGUAACAGUCAGCAGAGAUGAGUGCAAGAAGCAGCUUGAGUCCCUGGUGAAACAGACUAAAGAAGGAAAAAUGGAAAUAAAGAAAAUAGAGGAUGAAAUUUCAGUGUCCAACAAGAAAAUGAAGCAGCACCAGAGGAAAUUGGACACCCUUCGCAUGAAAAUUACGGAGUUGCAGAAUCAAGACAUACAACAACCUCCUGACAUUAGCCAACUUGAAGAUGAUGUCAAGCAACAGGAAGAGCUCUUGCAAAAGGCCCAAGCUUCUGUGGAGCGGCUGCAGAAGGCUAUGCUUACAAGUAAAACAAAAUUUACCGAAAUGAGUGGACAGUUAAUUGCGUUGAAAAAAAGCGAACAUCUUGCAUAUGAAGAAGCUGACAAGUGUAAGAGAGAACUUGACAGAGCUAAGGAUGGUGCUGCUUCAACAACAAUUAGAACUUAUCUCAGUAAGGAUAAAGAGCUCGAGUUGAAGGAGACCGCUUUAAGAAAAGCAGUGGAUGCAAAAACUGAAUCUCUGAAUGCCUCAUUAAGAUCAAGAGAAGGCGUUGAUAUUGGGCCUCGCAUAGAGACAAGAAAAUCUGUGGCAGAGUUGGAGCGCCAGUACAUAAGCUUGCAGGCUAGACUGAAUAAGGAGACAGCCAGCUCAGGUGACCCACUAGCUGUUGCUGAGCGCUACAAGGCCACAAAGCUGAGAUAUAAGCAAAUUAAAGAUGACUUGGAUAGACAUCAGUGUCUCCUCAAGAAACUAAAAGAGAGUCUGGUUAAUAGGGAAGGAAAGUGUUGGCGUUUCUACAAGUGGCUGGGAGUAAUUGUCAAGUUCUACUUUAAGGAACACCUUGCAGUACGCAAACUGGAUGGAUCACUAAACAUCAACUUGGAUGAAAAAAAACUUACCAUCCAUGUGGAGAAGCCAGACAAUUCCUCAAGUCCUCGCAAAAUGAAAGCAAAUAAGAGUAAAGCUGCAACACUUGUGGAUCUGGCCAUGAUGUCUGGAGGAGAGCGUUCAUUUUCCACCGUGUCAUUCAUCAUCGCUCUGUGGCAGGCCAUAGAUUCUCCAGUGCGCAUUCUUGAUGAGUUUGAUGUGUUUAUGGAUGUGAUUGCCAGGAGCCGUGCAAUGAAGAUGAUGAUAAGUGCUGCAAAAAAGAAUAACCAGUACAUCUUCCUCACACCCCUCACCCUCAGCCUGGACACCAGCAAACUUGACAACUGUGUGAUCUUCAGGAUGCCUGACCCUGAAAGACGUGAAGAUGAAGAGGCCGAAGGUACUUGAGGAACACCAAAAACUGAAUUGUGUUGGCUGGACUGAUAAUUAGUCUUUGGUUUAUAAUUUUUAAAUAAACCUGUGUACCUGGUAUGUCAGUACAAUAUUUCCAUGAUGUAUUUUGAAACCAAUUCUGUACUAAAUGAUUUUUGCAGUUAUGAUUUUUUUUUUUAAAGUUUUCAAUAGUGUUACUAUCAUCAACAUCAUAUCCCUUGUCAUUGUCAGUCAUAGUGAUACAGCUGCUACGGGCAGCAGAGUUUUUAAGGUGGUUGAAAGAGGCAGGGGGAACAAUAAGUUAAUCCUUAAGCAGCACCUUGCAGCCACUUGUAAUGUUUCUUUCUGCAAAAAUCAUUUACUUGCUAAGGAGCCUGAAUAUGCUUCGGUACUUCAGCUAAGUAUUAUUAGAUGUAUUGUUGACAUGAUGAUGGACAAGUCAACAGGAGCUGCAGAUUACUCAAGUCAUUACCAUAAACAGUGAUGUGGCUAUUGGUAUCAGCUUGAGCCAAGCUGCAUUGACUGGCAACAUUCAACUUCAUACUUUCAUUUUGUAUCAUAAAUGAUCAUUGUCAGCCUCAUUUAUCUUAAGUAACAUUUCCACCUCAUCACUGACCUACUCCUCACUUGGUGUAUGUUUGAAGUGAGGUUCAAGUGAUGAUGGAAGAUGAUAACCAUCAUUGAGGCCACUUUAUGCAUCUUCAUUUGUACUGUUAUUCUUGCAUUGUAUUUUUAAAUAAAUGAUCAGAAAAACUCCAAAUA